AUGGAUCAAAGCGAAAAACGAAAAUUUGAGCAGCCGACACCAUAUCCUGAAUAUGGUGUUGACAAUUUUGAUAAACGACGGAGGGUAGUCGGACCAACGUUACCUUUAGCAAAUCCAGCAGACGAUCACACACCUGAGGGCGAAGAUGAGAGCAGUGAUGACGAUGACAUCGGUCCAAGUUUACCUCCUUCAGGUGACAUGGAAACUGAACUAGUUAAUGCCAAGAUACAUAGCAACACUCUGAAAGGGCCGUUGACUGAGCAAAAUCAUGCUUGCGAGGAUCGAAGUCAACGAGAUGAGUGGAUGGUACUGCCUCCAGACUCAACUGGAAGGGCUUCAAGGGUGGAUCCAACUAAAUUAAGAAGUCGAAAGUUUCAAAGUGGAAGAUCGGCACCGAGUUCCCAAUCAGGAGGAAUAGAUUCGUCUUGGACGGAAACACCAGAGGAAAAAAUCAAACGUUUACAAGAUAAAGUCAUGGGUGUCAGCACAGGUACACUUGGUACAAACAAUGGUCAAGUAACUCGACCUGCCAGGUUAUCACAGGCUAUGCAGGAGAGAAUCCACAAGUACAACGAUAAAAAACAGAAAUCCAAUGCAGCUGGAAAUGUAUCACAACCUCUUCAGCCGUGUAAAAAGGGCAAUGAGGAUGAUCCUAGCACUCGCCCCUUUGAUAAAGAAAAGGAUAUGUCCAUCUCCUCUAAGAUAACCAACUCACAACGUCGGGAGGUGAUUAAUAAGGCCGCUGACUUCGGCUCUCGAUUCAGUAAGGGAAAUUAUUUAUAA